AUGCAACAGGAGCAGGAGCAUGAACAUCCGCUGAGAGCAAGAGGAGUUUCUCCAAUGGCUGCUUUCUUUUAUUGUGAGGUGGAUGGAAGCUCCCUUUGUUUGCAGUGCGAUAUGAUUGUUCAUGUAGGAGGUAAAAGAACCCAUGAAAGAUAUCUUGUAUUGAGGCAGAGAAUUGAGUUUCCCGGGGAUAAGCCUGGCCGUAUGGAGGAUCCAACUGAGAACAGGAGGGGAGAGAACCAGCAACUCGGAUUGACGAUGGGAGAGAUCCAGCAGAAUCACAGGGUUCCAGAGUCAGCUAUGAAUGCCAAUGCCGAUGGGCAUGCCAACAUGAAGACAAAUAUGAUGGAUUUGAAUAUGCAGCCACAUCAGAUACAUGAACAGGCUUCAAAUAAUCAGGUUAGAUUGUCUCCGUUGUUUAUCUAUCAGAAACAGAUUUUGAAUUUUGUUUUAAUUUGA